AUGGUAAAGAACUGUCAAACCAGAUUUUUCCUCGACUCUUAUGGUUCUGGUGGCCACACGUUACAAAAAAAUGGCGAACUUGCACCUUUAUCAUUUGAACCCAAGCCACAGUUUGAAAUCUUCACCACACUCAACUUCACUUAUGAGCAGGUCUUGGUCAAUAAGGCACCGAUGAUACCUAAGCCUCCUAUCAGAGGGCCAACUAACAAACCCGUGGCUGAUACUGGAGUGCUCAUUAACAUUGCCAGUUCCAACAACGUCAUGUUCGCCGAAGCUUUCAAUACCCUCCAAGUGGAUUAUCACUUGAUUAAUUGGCACAUUACACUUUUAAUUAACUUCUCUGGCGAUGUUGUCCAACCCAUCGACAACAUCAACUUGCCUAUCACCAUUGGUACAUCAUCAAUUUGCCUAUCGCCAUCGUUGACCAUUCUAUCGCUUACAAUUGUGAAAUUGUUGGUCUAUUUUUCUCUGGGGCUUUUUACUAAUAUCUUUACAGAAUUUUCUCAUUAUUAUUUCUUAUAUUCUUUCAGGGCUAAAUUGUAUGGAUGGCCAAACACGUACGUAUUCACAAAGGCAAUGGGAGAAAUACUUCUAAGACACUCAAAAGAUAAUCUAUCCAUCGUCAUCAUACGUCCGACUGUAAUCACCAGUACUUACAAAGAGCCAUUUCCAGGUUGGGUCCAAGGUUUCAGAACCAUUGAUAGUGUAAUUGCUGGUUAUUGUAAAGGGAAGCUGACAUGUUUGCUUGUGGAUCCUAUGUCAGUAUUCGAUAUGGUUCCUGUUGAUAUGGUGGUAAAUUCAAUAACUGUAGCAAUGGUGGCAAAUGCAAAUAAACCGUCUAGUAUCAUUUACCAUGUGGGAAGCUCUUUGAGAAAUCCUAUCAAUUUCCUUAAUAUUCACAGUUUUGUCUUCCGAUACUUCACAAAAAAUCCAUGGAUUGACAAGGAUGGAAAGCCUGUCAAGGUUGGCAAGCUUAAAUUCUUCAAGACUAUGGCUACUUUUCGCAUGUAUAUGCAAAUUCGCUUCAUGCUACCUUUGGAGGGUUUAAAGUUCAUGAACAAAGCAUUUGGCGGAUAUUUCCAAGAUCUGUAUGUUAACUAUAAUCAGAAACUCAAAUUGGUGAUGUGCUUGGUAGAGCUAUACGAACCUUAUAUGCUAUUCAAGGGCAUCUUUGAUGACAACAAUGCUGAGGAAUUGCGAAGGAUAACAAGGGAGAGGUUCGUUGAUGCGGAAGCUUUCAAUUUUGAUGCAAGAUGCAUUGAUUGGGAAGACUACAUUAUGCACACUCACAUUCCUGGUCUCCAGAAACAUGUUAUGAUGAAACGAUAA